AGGAAAGAAGCCACUCAGUUUCAGGUGAGCGUCGCUUGGAACCGCGGCGAAAACAAUAUACCGAACGAAGCGCGAAUGUUUCGCAUUAAUCGAAUUGUCAAUCAUCCGUCUUACGAUCCCGCCAAGAGCAAAGUGGCCGACGAUAUCGCUCUCAUCAAUCUAGCGCAAGAAGCCGCUUGGAGUGAUUUAGUUAUGCCCAUUUGUUUGCCUGAUUCGGUCAAAGGAUCAUUGACAGGUGUGAUGGCAACCGUGGCCGGAUGGGGACACGACAAGAGCGGUGGCCGUCAUGCGACCAAAUUAAGGAAAGUUAGGGUCCCCAUUUUGGCUAAUGAAAAAUGCAAGCAGUGGCUGCUAGAAGGCAGGAAAGAUUUGGCCAUCACCGAGAAUUCCAUGUGCGCAGGCUACGAGGAAGGCGGGAAAGAUUCUUGCAACGGAGACAGUGGUGGACCUCUGAUGAUACAGGAAAGAAGUCAUCACGUUGCAAUCGGACUGGUCAGCGGUGGAAUCGGAUGCGCACUUCCAAAACUUCCUGGCAUUUACACGCGAAUCGAAAACUACCUGGAAUGGAUCUCACAAACUCUCGAUGGGAAAUGAUCUCAGUUUUGUAUAGGGUACAUCUUUUUUUUU